UCAAACUCGUUGAAGCAAAAAUGGCUACCUGCCAAGAGCUUCUCUCAUUUCUCCUACUUCACCUCGUUCUUCUAAUUAUGGUCUCCAACCUUAGCAAUGCACAGGGUUUGAAACUCGGGUAUUACCACAAGACCUGCCCAAAUGCCGAGUCGAUUAUCCAGAGAGCGACUUAUCGAGUCAUUUCUCGAGCACCGACGCUCGCUGCUCCGUUGCUCCGGAUACAUUUCCAUGAUUGUUUCGUUCGAGGGUGUGAUGGUUCAGUGCUUCUAAAUUCCACAAAGAAUAACUUAGCUGAGAAAGCUGCAGUCCCCAACCUGAGUUUACGAGGAUAUAAUGUGAUUGAUUCGAUUAAAGCCGAAGUCGAAUCAGCAUGCCCCGGUGUGGUCUCCUGUGCCGAUAUCGUCGCCUUAGUAGCUCGAGAUUCGGUUUCGAUGAUCCAUGGACCCUUUUGGGAAGUUCCUCUGGGACGAAGAGAUGGAAGAGUUUCAAUCAUGAAUCAGGUCUUUGCAGAGUUGCCUGCUCCUUUCGCCAACAUAACAACACUAAGACAAAUGUUUGCUGCUAAGGGUCUAAACAUGAAAGACCUAGCUGUUCUGUCGGGGGGACACACCAUCGGAACAUCUCACUGCAACGGAUUCACCAAUCGGCUCUACAACUUCACCGGCAGAGGCGACACCGACCCGACAUUGGAUCCGAAUUACAUUGUCAAACUGAGGCAAAAAUGCAAGCCAGGGGACACCAGAACGCUGGUGGAAAUGGACCCUGGAAGCUUUAAAACCUUCGACGAAGCUUACUUCACGCUGGUGGCUAAAAGAAGAGGGCUUUUCCAAUCCGAUGCAGCCCUGCUCGAUGACCCGGAAACCAAAGCUUAUGUUUUCCGUCAAGCUACCACCCAUGGAUCCACCUUUGCCAAAGAUUUCGCUGAGUCAAUGGUGAAGAUGGGUCGAGCUGGUGUGCUCACCGGGAACCAAGGUGAAAUCAGGAAACAUUGUGCUUUUGUGAAUUGAUGAUUGAAAAUUUGAAAACCCUUUUUUUAAUUUAUCAGUGAAGAUCAUUUGUUUGUUUUGUGGCCUCCUUUGAAUUAUUAAGCUUUUGAGUGUUUGGCCGGAAAGAAAAUUCAGAUGGCAAUAAAU